AUGGUUAAGGUAGAGCAGACUUUGACACGAGGUCGUUUGGCCUUACGGAAACGAAUAACAACAAAUUCCCAGCUUGCUCCGCGAGUCUUGCUGCGACCUACGGUAGAGGGUUUGCGUUUCUUCACCGAGCUGAAGGCGCAUCAGCAUUUAUUCAUGGAGGAAGGCGACUUUCUUGUUCAAUCGCGACAUUCGUCAAGUGCAACUCGGCAGCGGCUGGUCAUCGCAAUUCGUACAAAAGAUGCCAUAAAGCGAAUUGACCUCAAGAGAGGCGAAACUGGAAUUCGCUUAGGGGGCAAAACAUUUCCUAGUUUAAAAAAAAUGGUAGAACAUUAUUCAAGAGAACCGAUAGUGUUACAAGGUGGAGAAGAACUAUUACUUAAAAAAGCUGUUCCAAAAGGAAAAUACCAACUUGUCCAUAGCGAUGUUAGACUUCUCAAAAAGAUUGGUUCCGGUGCUUAUGGCACAGUAUAUCGUGGACAACUAAUUCGAGACAACAACAAGACAAUAGCCGUAAAAAGGAUUGACUCAGAAGGAACAGACGAUCAAGGUAGGAAGAGCUAG